CGAACUUAUUUUAAGUUUAACUUUUAUUCUGAUAAUAUAAUGUGUGAAGAAAAAAUAAAACAUUUUCAAUGAAAAAAGGAUUUUCACUUUUAGUUCAUAUAAAAAAUAUAAAAUAAAGGCCAAGUAUAAACUACAACAGACAGUGUUAUUUCAGUAGUAUUACUAAUAUUUUAAAAUAUUUUUGUAAUGAAUCGUCACAUAGGCUGGGAUCCAUUUGCAUGCUUUAUCGAACAGUAGCGUAGUCAUACAGGCAGGGUAGAUCAGGAGCAAACAGGUUUAAUACAGAGCAGGCAGAAUCGUAGUCAGAUAACAGGCAAUAGUCAGGGCUGGCAGCAAACAUUCACAGAUAAGGCACAGGUCAGAGACAGGCAGCGGAGGUUCGUUAGACGGUAAACAACAGGAUCAGCAACGGGCAAUCAGUCAGACAGAAUAAUAACGCUCAGAAUUGUACACCACGGCAAUACAAGACUUCGCGAUUGACUGUGGGAAACGUGAGUCCUUAUAUAGUCCAAUAAAUGAGCUACACCUGGCAGGUGAUUAGUCCGGGACGAAGGCUGAUGGGAAAUGUAGUGAAUGAUUGUCAGUAUCUCAGGUUCCCUCCGAUGGGAGCUACGGAGUUCGUGACAAUUUUAAAAAUGAGUGUAUUUUUAUAUAUUUUAGGUUAUUUUAAUUUUUAGUUGCUUUUAUCAUUUUUUAUUAGUUUUUUUUUUUAUGUCCAUUCAGCUUUUUUUUCUUCUUUUUUUCCCCCCCACUUCAAAUACAACUUAUUAUAUUCCAGUUAGCUGCCAAGGCAAGAGUUGCCAAUUUUUUUUAUCUAAUAUUUAUAUUUUAAGCUUUAUUUCAAUUAACGAAAACGACUUUUAAUAGUUUUAGUUAACAAUAACAGCACUGACAAACGUUGUGCUAUAAUGAAGACAAAAAUAUUUCUGGUUUCCAGAAGCAGAACUGGUAAAAAAAGCCCUGCUCGUAUGCAUUCACACAUCAGAAACAGGAAACAAGGCAAUGUGCAAAGCUGCAAUUACAUCACAUAUGCAUGUAUGUGAUGAAGCUCAAUAUGCUCAUGAAUAUAUUAAAUUAUUUAAUGUUUCAGUUUUGCAAACAUGAUUGCACAAUAAAAACUACUUCUGUGAUAGAAAUACCCAACUCAUACAUCAUGACAUUAAAAUCUUCAUCCAUUUCAUUCAUAAAUCAUGCAUUUACCCAAGCUAACCUGGUAAUAACUGGUGAAGGGGGAAGUGGUUUAACCCACAAUGCAGUGCGGUAUGCACCCGAUGUGACCCUAAUACAGAGGUUUUGACUUGUUUCAAACAAAAAUAGCUCCUCUGAAUCAGAGAGCAAAAGCAGAAGUUAGUUAAAAAAAAAAAAAAAAAAAAAAAUGUCAGGAACCGGAACCUUUCUCUCUCAUUCGUCAGUCAAACUCCGUAAUGAGUGACUUUAUUCAAGUUCUGAUCUCUGUCACAGUUCUGCUAAAAGUGGUCUCCAGCGAGCCCUUCUUCGAUAUCAAGGAUCCAACGUUUAUUGAAGAAUGUGUGAGAGAACACAACAUGUACCGCACCAACGUGAAUCCCCCGGCCAGCUACAUGCGCUACAUGACGUGGGAUGAAGGGCUGGCGGUGACGGCACGGGCCUGGGCGAGAUUCUGCACCUUUAAACACAACAUUUACCUUAGAGAGGUGAGGAGGAUGCACCCUACGUUCACUUCUGUGGGUGAAAACAUCUGGGCUGGAUAUCCAUACACCAGUUUCACAGUGAAAUCUGCAGUGAAAUUAUGGGCGGAUGAGGUCGAACAUUACGAUUACUAUGCGCCAAAGCCAAACCAGUGCAAAAAAGGAGAAGUGUGCGGUCACUACACACAGGUUGUUUGGGCAGAUACGUACAAGGUUGGUUGUGCCGCGCAGGCCUGUCCAAACGGUGUAGCUGAAACAAGGUUCUCAACAAAGCCAGGAAUCAUAUUUGUGUGCAACUAUGCAACAGCAGGAAAUUACCAUGGUGAGGAUCCAUACAGGACAGGGCCAUCGUGCAGCAGCUGCGGUCCGGAGAUAUGCGAAAAUAAACUCUGUCGAAACUCCACCCGUGAUGCGCUGCAGAGUUAUAACUGGACUCCUGACUGGGACCCUGCGCUGUCCUCCUGCGGCACAUUCUGUGUGAUGGUUGUGAUUACCAGACUCAUAUCUGUCCCGCUCAUUUUUAUCUGCGUUUACUGCCUGCAGCGAAGUCAUAACCCGUUUGCGUACGAGUGAAACAGCUUGAACUCGAACGCAAAUAUCACAUACAGACAAUGCCCUAUUUCCACUGGGACAGGGGAAACAUUAAAGGGUUAGUUCACCCAAAAAUGAAAUUUCUGUCAUUAAUUACUCACCUUCAUGUCGUUCCAAACCCGUAAGACCUUUGUUCAUCUUCUGAACACAAAUUAAGAUAUUUCUGAUGAAAACUUAGAACUCUCUGACUUCUCAACAAUUUUUAUUACCACUUUCAAGGUCUAGAAAGAUAGUAAAGACAUGUGGUUCAACCUUAAUGUUAUGAAGCGACGAGAAUAUUUUUUGUGCUCAGAGCUCUCGGAUUUCAUCAAAAAGAUCUUAAUUUGUGUUGUGAAGAUGAACAAGUCUUAUGGGUUUGGAAGGGCAUGAGGGUGAGUAAUUAAUGACAGAAAUUUCAUUUUUGGGUGAACUAACCCUUUAACUCUGAUGCACUUUUUUUAUGCCAUAACAUGAUUAAAAGAAUAAUUAAGAAGAAAAAUAUGCAUUGCGACAUUUUCAUAACAACUAAGCAUCAGUCUAAAUGCAGCUGGUUGUUGAAACCACAUAUGUAAAUUUCACUUCUCCAAAAAAUACUAAAACUGAUACAUGUGAGUCAGAUAUGACAGCGCUACUGCAUCACGCAUCGCCACAGAUGAGUAUCUCUUCAGCAAGCUGACGCCCAAACUGCCGCAUAUGAAAGUGAAAGUAAGUCACAGAUGCGUAACACACAAUUACCUUCAUUAAAAAUAAUGAGACCUUACCAGUGCUAUUGACGCUCACUCCUAUUGCAGUUUUUGAUUUUGAAAUUAGCUGAUGGUCAAUAAAAUGCACUUCAUAUUAAAUCUAUUAAAUCUGCAUAUAGCGCAGGAACUGAAGAUCAGAUUUAUCCGUUUUGCGGAUAAAAAGAGUAAACCUGCAUUUAACCUUUUCACUGGUAUUUUGUUUUCAUAGUUAGAUAUCGUGAUGUAUCAUUAUAGGAUUGUCUAGCAAUAUAUCGAUUAUCGCAGAAUAGCUGAAUCGCUUGAUUAAUAUUAAAUUUUAUGUAUAUUAAUAUAUUUCAAAUUGUAUAAAUUAUUAAUUAACACACUGCAAAAAAGAGUUUAUUAGUAUUUUUGUCUUGUUUUCAAGUACAAAUAUCAUUCUUAAAUCAAGAUGGGAAGCAAAGUUACAUAAGAUUAAGUGAGUUUAUGCUGAUAACAAGAAAAAUAAAAUCUGUCAGUGGAUCAGAAAAAUACAUUCAGUUCCAAGGGAAAACAAGAUUUUUGGCAGAUUGGCAGACAUUUUACUUUUUUAAAGCAAAAACUAAAUUUCAAUAAUUAUUUCCGAUUACUUAUCUUAAGUCAUUUUGCUUUAGACAUUUGCACUGGAAACCAAGACAAAAAUAGUGCAAAGUGCACAAACAGUAUAUUUAAAUGAACUUAUUUUAAUAAAUGCUGUAAAUAUCACCAUUUUAUAUUUUAUUAUUGUUUUUUCUCAUUGUUGGUUCAAGGCAUUAACUAAUGUUAAAGAACUGAACCUUGUUGUAAACUGUUAACAAUAAUUGCUCACUGCCUUUAAUUAUGCAAAUUAAAAUUCUAUUACAAUAAUAAGAAUCCUCACUGAGAAUUGGAAAUAAAGCAAAACAUCUGAAUGUAUUACAGUA